CCCUGCGUUUCCGGGAGAGAGCUCGGGCUGCGGGGGAUAAGGAUUUUUGGGGAGGUGUCCUUCUUGCGCCCCUGUUGGCUCCGAGGUGCUCCAGCGCUUGGGAGGCGGCGCUCGCCCUCCUGGCGCGCUGCGUGAGCGCCGGGCAAUCUCCUCCUUCCCUGCCCGCCUCUUUCGUUACCCGUCGCUAGUCCGUGCAGGCAGGGCGGGUGAGCAGCGGGGAGAUGGAGCCGGAGGCCACCGGGGUUCGCGCUGGGCCGGGCGUCGAGGACAGCGGAAGCUGAGGAGCGACGGCAGAGAGGCACAAAGGCGAUGUGAAGGGGCUGCAUCUCCUGCCCGUCGCCUUCCCUCUUCCUCACGGUGCACCGGAGGCCUGAUGCAUGGGGCGGACGCGGCGCCGGGUUGCUGAGCAACUGUGGCCCGGGGAAGAGGCUUCGCUGCGCAGCCUUUUCCUCCUUGGCGGUGGCGAGAGGGCCUUCCGCGCCGCCGCCGCCGCGCCCAGGACCCCCUCAGGGAGGGGUGGAUGCGGACAGACCAGCCUUGGCCCCGUGGAGACUCUCCCCCUCCAGAGGGGCUUGCUCACGUCGCUUGUUUCGGAGAAGUUGAGCCAAAUCAAGAAUGGCUGCCUCAGGAGACAAAACCAAACACAGUACCUUCUUCCUUGCUUUGCAAAAAAAAAAAAAAAAGGAGAAGGAGAAUAAAAAUACAUAAAGUCCAGAGGAACCAAUAAAAGUUAUAUGGCUCACAUCUGACAUCAUGCACCAUCGGUGGCUGCUGCUAGCUGCAUGCUUUUGGGUAAUAUUCAUGUUCAUGGUUGCAAGCAAGUUCAUCACAUUGACCUUCAAAGACCCUGAUGCAUAUGGUGCUAGGCAAGAGCCAUUAAUACCGACAGCUAUCACUGAAGUACAGAAAAUUCAAGUGAUAAAAGAGAAGAGUUCACUUGGAGAAUUUCAGACGAUAGGAAGAGGUCUGUCUGAAGACCAUCAACAUCAACCUCUGAUCCAUGUGGAAAGGCUUGAACUUCUCAGGAAUAUGUGCCAAGAUAUGUCACUGAGAAACCUCACCCAUAAUACUGUUUCGAAGUUUGUUUUGGACCGAAUAUUCGUGUGUGACAAGCACAAGAUUCUGUUCUGUCAAACUCCCAAAGUUGGCAAUACUCAAUGGAAGAAAGUCUUGAUUGUUUUAAAUGGAGCUUUUUCUUCCAUAGAAGAAAUCCCAGAGAGCAUCGUGCAUGAUCAUGAGAAGAAUGGUCUGCCACGCUUAUCUUCCUUCAGUGACUCUGAAAUUGAGAAAAGGUUGAAAUUGUACUUCAAAUUCUUUAUUGUAAGAGAUCCAUUUGAGAGGCUUAUUUCUGCAUUUAAGGACAAGUUUGUCCACAAUCCUCGAUUUGAACCUUGGUAUAGACAUGAAAUUGCACCUGGCAUAAUUCGAAAAUAUAGAAAGAAUCGCACUAAAACCCGAGGGCUGCAGUUUGAGGACUUUGUGCGUUACUUGGGUGACCCAAAUCAUCGAUGGCUGGAUCUACAAUUUGGAGACCAUAUAAUUCAUUGGGUAACCUAUGUAGAACUUUGUGCUCCUUGUGAAAUCACAUACAGUGCUGUUGGACAUCAUGAAACACUGGAAGAAGAUGCACCAUACAUUCUGAAGAAGGCAGGAAUAGAUCAUCUGGUGUCAUAUCCCACAAUUCCACCAGGCAUAACAGUAUACAACAAAACCAAGGUGGAGCACUAUUUCUCAGGAGUUAGCAAGAGAGACAUACGACGCCUUUAUGCCCGCUUUGAAGGAGACUUUAAGCUUUUUGGCUAUCAAAAGCCAGAUUUCCUACUAAACUGACACCCUGAAACUGUGAAUAUAAUGUUAAAUAAAACUGUACAGAUAAUCUUCUGCAAUCUUGAGAUGUCCCAUUGGGUUUCAGAAAUUAUUCCAUAUUUCUGUUGAACAUUUAGGAUCAACUUGAACUAUGAAUUGUUAGCUACUGAAAAUAGUUUUAAUAUAUGACACUGCAAUAUGUUAUGAACAGAAUAUAUGAAGAGUUCCUCUUUCCCUUGCCAAAUAGAGGAUGGACCAAUAACUUAUAUUAAACAUUUGGAUGUGAAGGCAUUAUAAAGAACAUUUAGAAAGGGUAGUAGUUUUUCUCUAAAGACAUGACUAAAUACAUGAUUAUGAAACUGUGAGGUCAACCAUGGACCAAAAAAGAAAAAAAAAGUUUUAUACCAGAAGAAUCAGAUUCUACUCUGGGCUUUUAAAGGUCUUUUUUUCUUGGUUCUUACCAAAUCUUGUAAUGGCUAUUAUUUGCUGUUCGUUCAGGCCAUAAAGUUGUGCAUUUCAGCCAAUAAUAUCUGAGAGCAUCUGAGAUCGUGGAACAUGUAUCCCACUUAAAAAGAGAAUAUUGAGAACAUUUUAGAAUGCAAGAUUUUUUUUAAUUUGCAAAAUUUACUUUAACAUCCCAUAUUUGUUCUUCAUUUUGCCCAGGAAUGAUAAACCUGCGUGUUUUAUCAUGGGUUGUUUUCCUAAUGGUGCUGGCUAUCCUAAUAAUCAGCUAAGCCAUGAAAAUACGUAUGUGUUUCACAGAUCCAGCCAAAGGGGGUUGCCAAAUCCACCAGUGGAGGUGGGCAGGGCUGCGCCAGUGAAUCUACAGCUGUUGAAUGCAUCGCAAGAGCACCAUGCCAGAGUUCCUGAGUCCCCACCACCAAUAGUGCAGCAGGCGCAGUUCUUAGGUGUGACCAGGGGAGGAGCUGACAGCUAUUGCCUCUGCUAUGCCAGUACCUGGGAUUUUGGACGUAUACCUCCUUUUUGGUGGCGUAAGUUCAUUAAGCCCAAUGAGGGCUUUCCAGUGGUGGUGGGGGCUUUUUGUGUUUUUUGCCUCCCCAUGCCUCCAGAAAGCCCUCUUGGGAACAACAGGGCAGAACCCUCAUGCUGUAUCUGGGCACCCAACCCUUUGUAUGGGGCUGUAUGAGUUGUCAUAAUACAUUAGUUCAAUCCUCCACUCAAAUGCAGUGUUCUGUUUGCUGGGACUGGUUUUCUAUUUGAGAAAUACCAUGCAAUAGGGACAGUGAGCCUACGUGCUCAUCACCUUUGUAUGCACAGUAUCAACAUAUAAAAAAAGAUUUACACAUAAUCAUUAUGAUACUUACCUUAUUGAAAAGGGUGGAAUCCCUACAGACACAGUCAUAUAUAUUCCAGGCACAUUAUGAGCAGGGAUAGUGCACCUACUGUUCCAUUGUGUUCUUGAUAUUUUGAACAUUAAAAGUACAGAUUAUCCCUUGCAGUAUCGCUUCAAAUAGAAGAAAACCCAAGUCUGGAUGUUUAAAAAAAAUACCAUAGUUUUUACAAGUGGAUUUUCUCCAAUGUAAGAUCAUCUUCCAGAUAAUGCAGCAAAUGAGUAAUUGGACAUUUUGGACUAGAUGUUUCAGGAACAUUAUCUCUGCAUAAGUUUUAACGACAGAACUAAAUGCCCAGUAAAAUAGCAGUAAAUUCUAAUUUGUGCAUGUGAUGUUCUUGUUGGACCAAGGACAACUUUUUUGUGUGUUCACCAGCAAUAAAAACCUCCUGUUGGAUCAUCUUUGCUCCAGUGUGUUUCCAGGAGGAGAAAGAAUGGUUGCAAUUUACGUUCUAUUGAGCCAAAGCUUGCUUUUGGACAACCCUCUUGGGAUUGGUCAUAAAGGUUGGAGCAUUAUUAUAGUUGUGUCUUACUUUUCUUGACCAGAAGUAGUCAAAAUGGCAAUCUGGCCACAGUGUAAUUCUCAAAGAUUUGUUUUAUAUUUCUAAACUUGAAAAAAUAAUCCAUGCCAAAACUGCUGCUUCUCACAAAAAGAAGUCUGUGUGAGCCAGAAAUUCCUCUAAGUUCAUUCUACACUAAAUGAAGUAUUGGGUAGAUAUGGGAAAACUCUGGAAUGUAACAUCACCUGGUUGAAAAUUGAGAAUGGUUUGUUUUUGAAUGCUCCUAAGCCUGUUUCUAAAGAAAAGUGUGCAUGUAAUAGACUCAUCCUCUAGUUUCCCUUUAUGAAUCUGUGAAGCUACCUUAUACCAGAUUGUAUCCAACCAUAUCGUUCCAAAGACCUUAGGACACUUACGUUUUUGGGGAAAGGGUGUGGUGAUUUCUACCAGUUCAUGCUGUAGAUCCCUAUGUAGUCUCCUGUGUGACUCUAAAGGGUUUCUGGAACGCUGAGAGGAAAACAUAGGGUGGGGAGCGGGAGAGGGGGCUUGGUGGGAUGCGAUAAUCAGAGGAAAUUUCUGCCUCUCCAUCCAAAAACAUGUGGCCAUAAAGUCUUCCACAUUUUUGGUAGGUCAUAGAAUUGGAUGAUUGUUUUGUCUAUACUAACUUGCAGUUGCUUUCCAGAGUCUCAGUCUGGGAAGGACCUUUCUGGAUACUAACUAGUUGAGAUUCUUAAAUUAGAGAAACCUGGGAUUAAGCCUGGGACUUCUGUGUAAAGUGUGUGGGUCACCCACCCACCACAGCCCCUGCCAUUUAGGGGAAUAAGGAAUACCCCAAAAUAGUACUUCCAUGCUCCCAUGCAUGUAUGUGUUUCCUGAAGUGUUUCAUUCCAGAUUCUCAUACCUCAUUCCGCAUAACAUAUAGAAUUACUCUGAUUUAUCUAAUGGAGAAUCGUUGAGGGAUGUUUCUCAUGCAGCCGUGUAUUUCAUGGGUGCUCCUUCUCUGCCAGAAAACCACAAGUGCAUUGUCAUAUCUGUGUGCUUCUGAUUUUUCCCCAUGCAGAAGGAACAUCUCUGGAAGGCAGUCAUUACACAUGAAGCCGCCUUUAAUGAUUUCUUAAUGAGAGAUUUGUCCAAGGAGGCAAAGCUCAAAGUGCUCUUGUGAUUCCUUUUUUGUGGGGGGUGGGGGGUCGUACAAUAUUUUCAGUCCAGUAUGUCUUAACUGAUACUUAAAGCUCAGUUAUUUUUAUACAAAGUGUUAGAAAAGUAUAUUGUUUAAUGUAUUUCAGGACUAAUGAGCUGAUCCAGUUACCUCUCUGCUAAAUUAAAAUGUAAUAAUGUGAGAAAUGUAUAGCAAAUUAAGGCCUUAAAAGCUAAUUCUAAUAAAGAAAAGUCAAUUUCCCCUCUUCCCCACUUUCUCUGAAGUAAUUGCCCAUAA